AUGAAUUCCUCCAACAAUCUACCGUUGGCCUCGGGGCCGUCACCGUCGGCUACCAUUGUUGUCUCAGCUCCAACUUUCGCUCCGAAUCCGAAUGCUCCCUCGCAGUCUGUCUCGCCGUCCCCUGGACCGGCCGCCCAACAAAACCAGCAGCAGCCUCCGUAUCCCACUUCCGCCCCGGCCAACCAGAGCCACGCCGCGACAGCCAGCCUUUAUCAGUGUGCCCAUUGCCAGCGACGGUAUUCUCGCCCCGAGCAUCUCGCCAGACACAUCCAGACUCACACUCUCGGCAAGCGUUUCGCCUGUCAAAUAUGCGGCAAAGCAUUCGCCCGCCAGGAUCUUCUGAAGCGCCAUGUCACUAACCACGAGAACGACAAUGACCCCAACAAGAAGAGACGCCGGACCGACACCUCGCCUGGUGCUGGUCGCGUAUCCCACGCCUGCCGCCCUUGCGCUACCGCUCGUGUCAAGUGCGAAGAGGUCAAGCCUUGCACCCGCUGUCGCAAUCGCAACCUCAACUGCGAGUACUCCUCAACCGAAGCAGGCUCUGCAGCCGCCAUGCACCUCCUCCACCUGUCCGGAAACCCCAACAACACCACAACCUCCACCCCUGGCUCGCUAGCCACGUCCCCGUCCCAGUCCGCAUACGACAGCAGCCCCUCCGCCGCGUACCAGCAGCCUCCCCAGCACCAUGCCGGUCUACCAAUGAACAUGAACGGCCAAAUUGCCUCGGGGCAGCACAUCAAGGCAGAAGGCGGUCAAUUGCCGACCCCGGAUAACGGCAUGGAACCUAUGCCGAACGCUAUGCCCGUCAAUUACGAGAUCGGCGCACAAGGUGUCGAUAUGGCUAUGCCCUUUUCCGAUUUUCUGCAGAACGUCAUAUACGAGCCGGGCAUGGAAGCGUCGAGAAUGGCCGAAGCGCAAGGUCUCGCCGUCUUGGACUUUUGCGACAACUCGAAUCUGGAGCUGAACGAGGUGGACUUCGGGCUUCUCGAUCACUGGAACAUGGAUCACAUGAACCCUGGCUCAAACCAGAGCUUUACGCCGCGCACCGAUGACUCCGUCGACCUGGUUCAGAUGCGACAGACACUCGUCAAGGUCUGGACCGACUCUCCGUGGCAAUGGGCGCCCAACAACAAGGACUCUGGAUAUGUCGAGCAUGGCAACUUUUCCGUACCAUCGGGCGACACCACCAGCGCGGCCUUCCAGCAGAGCCGCAGCAAGCACCCGAGGAUCGUCAAGGACAAGCUGGACCAAUCUGGCCGGGAUCAGAUCUUGGCCAUCGUUCUGCAGACUUGCAAGAACGACGCGAUCAUGACGCGAGUCGCGUCCUCGUUCCCGUCGCUCGAGGUCAUGGACAGCCUGAUUCACAUCUACCUGGCUUCGCACUUUUGUCAAACGUCUCAAUGGAUUCACCACGGCUCAUUUUCCAUGAACGCACAAUGGCCGGAGUGGCUUGCGGUCGCAGCUUCAGCUGGAGCUACUCUUACUCCCGUGCAAACCUUGCGCAAGUUUGGGUUCGCUCUCCAGGAGGCGGUCCGUGUCACCAUCCCGGCAAGGUUCGAGGAUGCCAACACCACGAUCAAGAACCUGGGUCUGGUCCAGACGUUGAUCUUGGGUCAGGACAUUGGUCUCUGGAGUGGCAACCGACGCAAGAUGGAGAUCGCCGAGUGUCACCUCAUGAUCCCAAUCACUAUGAUGAGGUAUCGGGGCAAGUUCCAACGAGCAUCGUACCCCCUUGUCGAAGUCAAUAUGUCCGAUGAAGGCGAGGUUUUGGAGAGGAAAUGGAGGGCCUGGUGCGAGCGUGAGUCGUGGAAGAGACUACUUUUCCACUGCUUUGUGCGAGACGCUCAGACCUCCAUGACAACCCUCACCAACCCAUCGAUGUCGUACUCGGAGCUCACUCUUCCCCUCCCGGAGGCUAAGGAGAUGUGGUUUGCGAAAACGGCAGCGGAAUGGAAGAUGCAUUACUUGGAAAAAACUGCCGGGCAAAGCAAACGGCCCCCAUCGAUCGGCGACCUAUUCCGGGAUAUCAACCUCCUGGCGACCAACCGCCAACGCCUUGAUUUGCAAUUUGCAAUCUCUAUUUACCUGCACGGCUAUUGGGCACUCAUUCUCGAGUACCUCCAGCUCUGUUCCGUCUUGCGUACCCGGACUUGGCUGAACAACACUGGGGGCCAUUCGGAGGAGGUGCUGCGCUCGAGACAUGCCGAGCUCUGCAAGGACCUGCAGGGCUUCCUGCAUGUCAGCACGGACUGGCACGAGAUGCUUUCAACGCAGGAGAGCUUGGUUCUGCACCUCCUGAUGAUGAAUCUGCACUUGUCACUAAACGACUUGCAGCUGUUCUCUGGCAAGGAGGGCGAGGACCAGGCUCGUCGCGUUUUUGGCGACCUUCGCGAGUGGUCGCAAAGCGCCGAAGCUCGCCAGUCUCUGUGGCACGCUGGCCAGAUCUUGCGCCAAGCCAAGAUGUUCCCUCCAGGCCAUCUGAAGGACUUUUACGCUGUAGCCGUACACCACGCGUCUCUGGCGAUUUGGACGUACGGAGUUGUGACCAAGGCGGUGGGCAACAAGCCGACGCCACAGACCGGAUACGAACAGGAGAACGUCUUCCUCGACGGCACUGAGUCGACCGUUGUACACCGCUUUAUCGGCUUCAACCAAGGUCGUCCAGUAAUUUUAGGACCCAUGAGCAGAGCAGGCGCAACCGAGGCUUCGGUCGACGACCCCAAGGCCUGCAUGGAAAUCGCCCACGAGAUCCUCCGGGCCAACUUCAGAGACUCGACGGACACACAUCCGCCGAUUGUUGAGAAUCUUUGUCUUCUGAUCAAGCAGCUAGGGCACGCUGCUUGGGCUGUUGGCAUGUCAUGA